UAUUUCACAAGCAAGGGGAGGAGAUCCUCGCAGGCACAAAGGAGCAGCAGCACCGUGAAAACCCAGCAUUCCAGGCAGGUGGCGGCCUCGGUUCCACGCACCGCAUCCAGCUCUCCGAGCCAGGCAUGAGGGCAGAGGGGAUGUCACCCCUCCUGGCUCUGGGGCUCCUGGUGGCUGGGCUCUGCUCCAGGGUCCACUGCCUCCCAGAGGGUGUACUUGACCUGGAGAAGGUGACCCAGGAGGACCAGCACAGAGAGGUAUCUGUGGACAACUUCACAUUAGCCUCCAGCAACACCAACUUCGCCUUCAGCCUCUACAAGCAGUUGGCUUUGAAGACCCCUGAUAAGAAUGUCAUCUUCUCCCCGCUGAGCGUCUCCAUGGCCUUGGCCUUCCUGUCCCUGGGGGCCCGCGGCACGACCCUGACGGAGAUCCUCGAAGGCCUCAAGUUCAACCUCACGGAGACCCCCGAGUCAGAAAUCCACCAGGGCUUCCAGCACCUCCUGCAGACACUCGGCCAACCCAGCAACCAGCUGCAGCUGAGCGUGGGCAACGCCAUGUUCGUCCAAGAGCAGCUGAAGCUGCUGGACAAGUUCAGGGACGACGCCCGGGUGCUGUACGCGGCCGAGGUCUCCUCCAUCAACUUCCGGGACCCCGACACCGCCAAGAGUCUCAUCAACGACUAUGUGAAGAAUAAAACCCAGGGGAAAGUUGUGGAUUUGUUCAAGAGGCUUGACCCACUCACAGAAGUGGUCCUGGUGAAUUACAUCUACUUUAAAGCCAAAUGGAAGUUGCCCUUUGACCCCCAAGUUACAAACCAGGCAGAGUUCCACGUGAGCGAGAACAGGUCGGUGGAGGUGCCCAUGAUGAGGAUCCCGAGCCUGGUCACACCUAUGUUCCGGGACGCGGUGCUGGGCUGCGUGGUGGUGGAGCUCCAGUACACCAGCAACGACAGCGCCCUCUUCAUCCUCCCGGACGAGGGCCGACUGGAGGAGGUGGAGGCCAAGCUGCUCCCGGAGACACUGAGGAGGUGGAGAGACUCACUGCAUCCCAGAGAAAGAAUUAAUCUCCAUCUGCCAAGGUUUUCCAUCUCUGGUGACUAUGAUCUGAAAGACAUCCUUUCUCAGCUGGGCAUUAGGAAAGCCUUCACUGACAAGGCUGACCUCUCAGGAGUCACAAAUACCACAGAACUGUGGGUUUCCCAGGUAGUCCACGGCGCUGCUCUUGAUGUGGACGAAGAGGGCACUAAAGCAACUGCGACCACGGGAAUUAGCAUGGAAAGCAAGUCCAUGAACAUGAUCCCUGUGCAUUUCAACAGGCCCUUCCUGUUAACCAUAGUGCACAGAGACACCCAGAGCAUCAUCUUUUUGGGCAAAGUCACAGACCCCAGUCAGGCCUAGAGCUCCUCUCUGAGCUGUGAGCCCCUUCCCCAAGGAGCUAGGUGCCCACAUCCUUCGGCACAGCCUGGCCUCUGUGCACUGAGGAGCUGGCCUGCCUGCCCUCCCCCCUACCUUGCUCAUCCUUCAGAAGGUGACAGUGACUCUGCUGGUGGCUCCCACAUGUACAGGGAGUCUGGGCCUUGGCCAGCAGAGGCUUUGAGACCUCCGACAGUAAUAAAGCACCUUUCUUGAGCUG